ACUGGGCCCGCAGAAGCUCAACAGCCAUGGUGGUGAGUGAGGGAACUCCAUUUCCCACAAUCCAUUGCGGCACAACGUCUGUCUCCUUGGUUAUGAGAGGGAGGCCGUCAACAGACACAUUCGCCAGUCGCGAUAAGGUUGUCCCACAAUGCAAGGAGAUGGCAGCCAGUGGGAGGUGAGUGACCACACCAGACUGUGUCGCUUCCUCUGCUACGGCUCAGACCAGAUGACCUACACUGCCAGAGAGCAGGCAGGUCUGGGCAUGGAGCGUGUGGGAUCCAUGCUCUCCAUGCUCCAGGAGGGCCAAGGUGUCCAGGUGGUGGAGACCAUCCAGAGGUUUGCUCAGGAUGGACAAGCGGUCCGACUGGAGCCCUGCAUCUUUGCCUUGGCGUUGUGCUCGCAACACUCUGAGCUGAAGACCAGACAGGCGGCCUUCAAGGCGCUGAAGGAGGUUUGCCCGCAGCCCGCCCAUCUGUUUUCUUUCAUCCAGUACAAGAAAGAACUGAAGGAGGACAUGAAGUGUGGAAUGUGGGGACGCGCCCUCAGGAAAGCCGUGUCUGACUGGUACAGCGGGCAGGAUGCUCUGAGUCUGGCUGCGGCCGUCAGCACAUGUAAACAAAGACAGGGUUGGUCACACCAGGACUUACUCCGGCUCUCCCACACCAAACCAGCUGAUGAAGCUAUUGCCCUGAUCUGCCAGUAUGUAACAAAGGAAUGGAAAGAUGUCCAAGUGGCAUACGCCGACAAAGACAACUCGGAUGAGGUGUCCAAGGUGCUGUCCUAUCUGGAAGUGGUGGAGAAGGCCAGGCACAGUUGUGAUGAAACGGAGGUCAUUACUUUGAUUGAGGAACACAACUUGGAGAGAGAGCAGCUUCUUACAGACCACCUCAAGUCCAAAUCGGUGUGGAGAGCGUUAUUGAAGGAAAUGCCUCUCCAUUCAGUACUAAAGAUCCUGGGGAAAAUGACAUUCAAAAAGGUGCUUCAGCCUGGUAGUUCGGAAACAGAAGUGCUGUGUGAGACAAUCCGCAGCGAGGCAGCGCUAAAAAAGGCAAAGGUGCACCCAUUUAGCAUCCAAUUGGCUUCUGAAAACUACAAACGAGGCCAAGGCUAUGAGGGGAAAACUAAAUGGGAAGCCGACGCCAACAUCCUCAAAGCCCUGGACUUUGCUUUUUACAAGAGUUUCUUUAAUGUGGAGCCAGUGGGAAAAAGGUUCAUUGUGGCCGUUGAUGUGAGUACGUCCCUGAACAGUAUGGUCCCAGGGACGUCAGUCAGCACUGCAGUCGCGGCCGCACUGAUUGCAAUGGUGUUUGCCAGAACAGAGAAAGGCACGCGUGUGCUGAAAUACUCUGAAGGAGCUUUAAAGCCGUGCUCCGUGUCUGCUGACAUGACCCUCGCACAAAUGACCGAUGAACUCAUAAAGAUCUCUGUAAAGAGCACUGAUUGCACUCUUCCUAUCACAUGGGCCACCAAGAAAGGCAGACCUGCAGAUGUGUUCAUCAUUCUCACCAACAACGCUUUGUCGCCUCUCUCUGCCAACCCAGUGGCCGCGCUAAAGAAGCACCGAAAAAAAACAAGGUGCCAGUCCAAGUUGGUGAUUUGCGGGCUGACCUCAGGUGGAGGAACCCUGGUGGACUUGGGGGACAGAGGUCUCCUGAACAUCAGCGGCUUUGAUCUAGGAGCCUUUACCGUCAUCCGUAACUUUGCAAACAACCUGGUGUAGAAGUGUGCGGAACAUGGAAUUGUAUCGUUUGUCUGCUAGAUGAAGGCUCACUUGGCUCAGACUAGAACAUAGAGUGCAACUAAUCAAAUAACAUGAAGUGUCCAGCAGGCUGGGAGUUACUAAAAUGUGUUUCAUACUGUGCUGGUAGAGCAAUCAAUGAAUUCAACUGGUUGUUGAAAUGGUGAAUGUUAGGUUGAGUGGCUGUAGUUACACUUGAGGACAGAAUUAAAAUUACAUUUGUGUUCAAGUAUCUUCCAAAUACUGUUAAAGAGAGCAAAUAGGUUGUCCAUGCAGCUUUUCCAAACAUACUGCUUUUAUUCCAUUAUUUACUUUGCACACACAAACAAUUACUUGACCAAAAGUACCAGGACCAAAAUGAUUAGCCCUCUUGAUGCUAACAGGCAGUUGUGUCCUUUUCGCUGGUGUUAGUUUCCCACUAGUCCCACUAACAUCUCCUGAGCAAUCUUAGCUCAUUCCUCUGUGGCAAACCUCUCAAGUGCCCCCACAUUUGACGGUCUUCUGCCAUGGACCUGGGUCUGCAAUUGUCCCCAAAACAUUCUUGAUGGGAUUUGUGCAGACCAUUGAAUAACAUUGACUUUGGCCCUCUGGUGGUAGUUCGUCACCAGGAGUGACGCAGGCUUUGAGUCGUUAUGUCGACGUGACCCAGACGCAGUUUUGCUGCUGACUGCAUGCGGUUUUCAACCGAUGGUUUGUACAGUCCAGGUAGACAACGAGACUCUGUCCCAGGUGAAGGAGUUUUAAGUAUCUCAGGGUCUUGUUCACGAGUGAGGGGAAGAUGGAGAAGGAAAUCAGCCGGAGAAUGGGAGCAGCUGAGGCAUUAUUGCAGUCUCUCUGCCGCACUGUUGGACCAAACGAGAGCUGAGCCAGAAGGCAAAGCUCUCGGUCUACCGAGCUAUCUGCAUUCCUACUCUCACCUAUGGUCAUGAAGUGUGGGUCAUGACCGAAAGAAUAAGAUUGCGGAUACAAGCGGCCAAAAUGAGUUUCCUCAGAAGGGUGGCUGGUAUCUCCCUUAGAGAUAAGGUGAGAAGUUCAGUCACCCGAGAGAGACUCGGAGGUAGAGCCGCUGCUCCUUCGCUUGGAAAGGAGCCAGCUUAGGUGGUUCGGGCAUCUCGUGCGGAUGCCUCACCAGCGUCUCCCUAGGGAGGCCCUCGUUGCACGUCCCACUGGUAGGAGACCCCGUGGCAGGCCAAGGACCAGAUGGGGGGAUUACAUCUCCUCUCUGGCCUGGGAACGCUUCGGGAUUCCCCAGGAGGAAGUUGCUAAUGUUGCUCUGGAGAGGGAAGUCUGGGGGUCUCUGCUGGAGCUGUUGUCCCUGCGACCCGAUUCUGGAUAAGCGGUUCAAGAUGAAUGCAUGAGGUUUUCUUCCCAACAUUUUUCUUUGUUUAAGAUUCGUUGCACCUUGACUAGAUUCCUACUUCCAAAUGCACUGAAGCAACCCCACAGCAUGAUGCUUCUCACCACCAUGUUUCACUGUGUGGACUGUGGUCUUUGGCUUGUACCCUUCUUUUUCCAAACAUAGGCAGUGUCUCCAUGGCCAAAAGAGCUCUAGUUUAGUUCCAUCUGAGCAAAGGACACACUUCCAGUAUGUAUGGCCUAUCUCUAGUUUGUCCUUGGCAUACUUCAGUCUGGCUCCAAUGUGUCUCUUUUGCAGAAGUGGACUUUUCCUUGAUCUGCAGUCCAAUACUGAUUGGGGCUGCAGUGAUUGACUUCUUUUGAGACUACAGUUCCAGACUUGGCCAAGUCAUUCACUGGUGUCUUGGCACUUGUUCUGGGGUCCUAGACACAUCUCUCACUAGCUUUUUUUCCCCAGAAUCUGUGAAGUCUUUCGUGUCUUACCUCUGCCAGGCAGUCUUUGAAUUUCUUGAUGAUACUUUCAAGACACUAACUUUGUGUAUCCAUCUCCUGCUUUGUGUGCAUUAAUGUUUAGUUGUUUUUUUAAAGUCUAAAGUGAUUUCUUUAGUUUUUGGCAUGAUGCUUUCAGAGUCAUCCAUCUUCUUCACUGCUCUACAGGUCCCUCUUACAGAGUCCGUGUUCACUGUUUGGAUUCAUCAGAGCACAUGGCUUCCAACACUUGACUGGUGGGAGUUUUAAAGGGGGCUAAUCAUUUUGACUUGGUAAUUUUUGUGAAAUAACUUUGAUCCUGUGUACGAAUAAACAUACUGGCCCUUGAGUUCAGUUCAAAACUCGGUGGACAAACAUUUUCCCAUCAAAUUCCUAAAGACAAUAUAAUGCUCCUGUUGUUCUAGAACAUUUGACCUGCACCAUGUAAACACACCUCAUGCUUUUCAACCCAGAGACCAGCGGACACUUGUGUCUGGCAUUAGGGAUAUUUUCUUCAGACAUUUUAAAAGAAAUGGACCAGAAACAAAUGUACACUGCAGAGGUUCUCGGAAUAAGAGUCAUAGUGAAGGGAGAAGUCUGCCCCCCGGUCCA